AUGGAGCGCGGCAAAAGUAGCUUGCAAGGAGUUGGAGUUCCUAGCUUGCAAGGAGUUGGAGUUCCUAGCGGAGUUGUAGAUCAAGGAGUGAGUCAAGGAGCAGUUGCUGGUACUGCACUCCCUCCACUUCGAAAAAGGAAACUUAAUGCUAGUGGUAGUAGAAAAACUUCUACGGUUUGGGAAGAGUUUAACAUUUUACCGGAUGAGCCUGAACCUAUAGCCGCGUGUAAACACUGUCAUAAAAGGUACCGAUGUGACCCUAAAACACAUGGUACUUCUAACAUGCUAGCUCACUCGAAAGUGUGUUACAAAAACCCUGCCCUUUUGUUGAAAGACCCCAAUCAGACAAACCUUGUAAGCGGCGAGGGUGGGUUUUUAGUUCCAACUAGUCAAAGGUUUAAUGCUGCAGCCUGUAGGAAGGCCAUUAAUACCUUUGUUAUCCUUGAUGAACAUUCCUUUAGAGUGGUUGAGGGUGUUGGUUUUAAGCAAAUGUGUAAACAAUUGCAACCCCAAAUGGCUAUCCCUACUAGGAGGACCGUUGCUAGGGAUUGUUUUCAGCUUUACCUAGCUGAAAAGUCACGUCUUAAAGCCUUUUUUAAAUCUGAUUGUACUAGGGUUGCACUAACCACAGACUGUUGGACUUCGAUACAAAACCUUAGUUAUAUGGCCACCACUGCACACUUCAUUGACACUGCUUGGAAGUACCCAAAAAAAAUUAUUAGUUUCUCUUUAGUUCCAAAUCACAAAGGUGAUACCAUUGGCAUGAAAGUCGAGGACGUUUUGAGGGAAUGGGGGCUUAGGAAAGUGUCUACAAUUACCCUGGAUAACGCAACAGCAAAUGAUGUGGCUGUGAGUUAUUUGGAUAGAAGACUUAAGAGCAAGAAUGCUUUACUGGGUGUAGGUGAUUAUUUGCAUAUGAGGUGUGUUGCCCAUGUCUUGAACUUGGUAGUGAGAGAUGGUGAAAAAGAACAUGAAGGGUCUAUUGAAUCAGUUCGCACUGCUGUUAGGUGGAAUUCCACUUACCUAAUGUUGGAUGCUGCUGAAAAGUUUGAAGCUGCAUUUGACAAUAUGAUUGAUGAGGAUCCUGGAUACAUCGAAUAUUUUGACCUCCUUACCGGUCCACCCGGUUCUCAGGAUUGGAAAAAAGUUAGGGCUUUUGUGGUUUUCUUACAAACCUUCUAUGAGGCAACCAAAGUGUUUUCAACUUCGCAAGAAGUGUCCUUGCAUUUAGCUUUUCAUAACUUGUCUUCAAUUUUGUGUGAGCUUCGAGAAGCUUCAUUUAACUUGAAUUCUUAUGUGGCUCCAAUGAUUUCACAUAUGAAGGUUAAAUAUGAUAAGUAUUGGGGGGAUGUGGGAAAAGUGAAUCAUUUUCUUUACUAUGGAGUGAUCUUUGAUCCUAGGUUUAAGUUUAACUAUAUUGAGUGGUCUUUUAAUGAUAUGUAUGGGCAUUCUAGUGACCUUGCCAAGAAAAAUAUUGAAUGUGUCAAAACUAGUUUGUUUAAACUAUAUAAUUGGCAUAAAUCUGAUCAUGAUAAGAAUGUUGGGGCUAGUCCUUUAAGUGCACCAGGGAGCACUUCCCUUGGAGAAGCAUCUUCCCAACCAAAAGAACCAUCACCUUUUACAAGGGCUAAUGCUUUUAAGAAACAUCUGAAGGAAAAAGACACAAUUGAAAAUGAAAAUGAACUAGAGAACAACCUUGGUUCGGGAUGUGUUGGCAACACCUGUUUCUAG